AACGCAGCAAUAGCAACAACAGCUGAAAACAUAUGAUUUUUGUUUGUGUUGCUUUUGUUUUUGUGCGCUCUACUCUGCUUCUUCCACUGUGUCCUCAGUUAUAAGCAGCGAAAACACGAAAGAAAAAGUUGAGCAGCGGAACGUGCGGAACUGGAACGAGCAGACUCGCAUUGUUGUUGCUGCUGCUGCUGUUGCUGCUGCUGCUAUCCACCAAUUCUCAACUGUUUCUUGACGUCGUAACAACAACGCCAGCAGAAGCAGCAGCGUCAAGUGUUGACAACAGCUGGGCAAUAACGCAUACAAACACGAGCAGAGGCCGCAGCGGCAGCGCAGUCAGCACACAGACAGACAGCCUGUCACCGUCUCCGUCACCCAUCAUCAUCAUCCUCCAGCUAAGCGAGCGAGUGAGCGAGCGACAACGACGCGCUCUCUCUACAAUUACUCUCUCACUUUGAUUGAACGAAACAGCUGAGACGGGCGACAGCCGUCGCAAAUACACACAUACACAGACAAUGUCCGCGGAUUCGCCGCGCCGCCAUCACAGCCAUCAUCUUCAUCAUCAUGCAUCUGGCGGCGGCGGAGGUGGAGGCGGUACCAUCGGACUGCGAGGAGGUAUGUCCAUGCCGGCAAUGGUGCCGCCACAAACAGUCAGCGAUCGCUCCAUAUUGGACUCGGCCAUCGGAUUCAUUAACGAUGUAACGCUGGUUCAUCAACCGGUGCAGGAUCCCAAGGACACGAUCACCUGGGCCCGGUUCGAGACGAGCGCCGAUGUGAGCGAUCCUCGUUUUGGCGACGACUGGGAGCUAGAGGGCAAUGCGGCACCCCCACUGCUUCUGAUUCUCGGCUAUGGCCUAGGUGUUCAGGUCUGGGCAAUACCUGCCAACGGUGAGGCCGUGGAGGUGUUGUCCUGGCGCCAUGGUGUCGUUACCGCUUUGCGUGUGCUGCCCACGCCGCUGACCGCUAACACCGCACUCGAUGACAACGGACGCGCCGACGAGCCAGUGGAUGCAUUUGCCGAAAAGCGACCUUUGGUGGCCCUCGUCGAUGGCGGCAGCGCUGCAGCCAGCAAUCUUAUCUCUGGUGGUCAGUACUCCGGCGGAGUUGGUGGCGGCGGCUCCUCGGGGCUAACAGGCGGCGGCUUGGGCAAUCCCUCGCACGCCGGCGCCUCCCACUUCAGUGCGGUCAACUUUGUUUCGCUGAAAACGGGCGUCCAGGUGAAGACGAUCAAAUUCAAGAAUCCGGUGCUGGACAUUCAAGCCAAUCGCUCGGCGGUCGUCAUCAGCUUUCACGAGCGUCUGGCCGUGUUUGAUGCCCGCACUCUGGAGGAUCGCCUAACCAUAACCACCUGCUUUCCCAGUCCGGGCAUCAAUCCCAAUCCCAUAGCGCUCGGACCACGUUGGCUAGCGUAUGCGGAGCACAAGCUGCUCCACUCAAAGCGCAGCGGCGGUGGAUGCGACGGGGAGGGAGUCCCUAGCUAUACGGCGACGGUGCUAAAUGCAGCCAAAUCCUUUGGCAAGGGUCUGCGAGAGCUGGGUGAACAGGUGGCCGCCGGCUUGACCGGCACCAGUGCCGGCAGUGGCAACAGCUCCAAGAGCAGCAGCUUCGACUCGGCCACAGGCGGUGCCGAUGGCAAGCAAUCCGGUGUGGUGACCAUUAUAGAUGUGAAGCAUCCCAUCAAGGACUAUAGCCCGACGACGGGCACGCCGCUUGGCUCGACGGGUGAUCCAAUCGUUGCCCACUUUGUGGCGCAUAGCGAGGCGCUGGUUGCCAUGGAAUUCGACAGCUCUGGCAUGCUGUUGCUAACAGCGGAUCGUCGUGGUCACGACUUCCAUGUCUUUCGCAUCCAGCCCCAUCCUGUUGGCUCCAGUCUGGCUGCAGUGCAUCAUUUGUAUGUGCUGCAUCGCGGCGAUACCAGCGCUAAGGUGCAGCAUAUUGCCUUCUCGCUAGACUCCCGUUGGGCGGCCGUAUCCACGCUGCGCGGCACCACCCAUGUCUUCCCGAUAACGCCAUACGGCGGCGCCAUGGGCGUGCGCACCCACACCUCGCUGCAUGUGGUCAACAAGCUGUCGCGUUUCCAUCGCAGCGCCGGCCUGGGCGCCGACGGACGCUCCAGUUCGCCCAUCUCCCAUUCGGAGAGCACCACGUUUGUGCAGUCACUGCAGCCGUACCAUAAUCCCACAUUGCCGCCAUUCCCACGACCCACUGUUGUUCAGCCGCUGGCGCAGUUGCGCCAACCAUUUGUGCUCGGCUCGCCGCCAGGCAGUGCGACAAUGGGCAGCGGUUCAGGUGGCGGUGGCGGCGGCGGCGUUGGCUCUGGCAUCGGCGGCAGCAGUGGCAGUGGCGUUAGCUCCCAUCAGCGUCAACGCUUGUCCUCGCUGUCGGAUGAUUGCGGCAAACCGCUGAGCGUUUGUGCCACCUUCGCCAAGUCGCGCUCUUGGCUGCUGGAGCCGCCAACGGCGACGCGCGAGGCGCCGCAUCGCGUCCAGCGCAAGGCAGUCGAUUCGCUAUUCGUGAUGGCCGGCCAUGGGGCGCUCAUACAGUACGAUCUGGACACGAAGUUAGCCUCAAAUGUUGCCAAAGAGAAGAUUUGUGAUGAUACGCCCAUUGAGCUCGAGGUGGAGGCCAAGGCGCAGUGGAAUCUGGGCCGACGCAAGGAUGGAUCUCAUGAAAUUAUACCACCGCUAGCGCUGGACAAUUGGCUGAUCAAGGAUCGCCAUGCCAGCCUCCUCAUGGACAGCGCCCAUCAUUUCGAUGAGCCCGACGAACGACCUGAGAGCUGGUUGGCCCAAGUCGAAAUUAUCACUCAUGCCGGGCCCCAUCGUCGGCUCUGGAUGGGACCGCAGUUUGUUUUCAAAAACUACAACACGCCCAGCGGCUCCAAUUUGAACCACGUGGAUGCGGAGGCUGUGGAGAUAGGCGUUACCAAGACGACAGCCACAACGUUGCCCUCGACGUCAGCUGGCUGUGGUGCAGCGGGCGGUGGUGCAAUUAUUGCCGCCGUCGAGCGCUCCAGUCCACUGAACAUGCCGCUGGGCGCAGCUGGCGUCGGGAUUGGUGGCGCCAGCGUCGCCGCCACGGCACGUGCCGGCGUGCCGGUGCUCAUCGAGUCCGGUUCGUACAGCAGCAUUGAGCAGAGCCCCAAGCUGAUGGAUCGCUUCCGACAUGGACAUUUGGACUCGGACUACGGACACGGCGACAUGCGCCUCAAGGAGGAUCUGGCCGAUGCCAUGCGCGAGUCGCCCUCGACGAUGGCAGCGCGUCGCGAGACCGGCAACUUCUUUGGCAUUGAUCAAAUGGAUGGACUGGCAAACAACAACAACAGCAGCAACAAUAACAACACCAUUUUAACAACAACAACUCGUAUAAGCGUCAACAAAUUGUUGACAAAGCCCAAUCGUCUGAGCGGCAAUCCGAAUGCUAAUACAAAUACCGCACUGCACAGGGAACCAGAUCCGCUACCGGAACCGGAACCGGAACCAAUGAGCAUAACACCGCCACCGCCAACAAUAACUACAACAACUUCAGCAGCAGCAGCAGCAGGAGCAACUGUUGCAGCUGCAGCAGCAGCAACUGUUGCUGGCUGCAACUUGUUGGCGACAAAGCCGCAGCUGAACACCGCCGCUGUGGGCAUCGACGGCGAGCUGGCGACAGUGGUGAACAUCGAUGUGUUCGACGAUCAGCUCAGCCUGAGCAGCAUCAGCACCAACAGUCGUCUCUCGAUGGAAGGACCGCCGUCGCAGUCGUCGCCGCCGCUGAGCCUUAGCAACGGCCUCAUGAUGGAGACGAAUCUGAUGCAUUUCAGUGAGAGUGCGGCGCCCGUAACAGUGGAUGGUCCCAGUUCCGGUUCCAACUGUGAACCAGUCUGCGGCACUGAUGGCAUGCCAAAUUUGUGAGAGUUAAUCCAAAGGCCAUCGGCGACGCGUCUCAUGCGGCACGCCACGCUGAUCGGUGACAAUUUCAACUUGCGGCGCAUCUGCACGCAGUUGUUCAAGCAAUCGACAACAGAUGGCGCCAAUGCAGCUCCGACCAGCGAGAAACCUUCUUAAUUCCCAAAAAAACCAACAACAACAAAGCAACAACAACAGCAACAAUCAGCCCUAGCUCGGUGCUUGUUUUAUCAUUUUAUUAUUUUAAGUAUCAAAUGGGACGAGGCUGGAAUCACUUAAGCCACGGAUUAAUCACAAGCUCACAAGCCAAUCCUUAACUAAGCUGGCAAGCACCUGCAAGCUGUCAUCAGCCAUUGAAUUCCAGUACAGCCCAAAGCUUGAAGCUUCUGCAAUUUAAAAGCUCAGCUAGCACCUAACAACAACUUGUGCAAGCUUUCGAUAUAUAUAUAAACUCUGCAAAGCUCCGCUGCCACUUCAGCAGCAAAGCUUUCGGCUAGUCGACAAGUGAAGACUCUUAAGCUAUGUGCGAAAGCUGUCAGUCUAAGCCUAAGAACUAAAGUUUUUAUAUGAAAAACUUGUCAACUAUUUGAAGGCAUCUUGAAGCUUUUACCUAAACACUGAGAAUUCCUUUUAGUUCAACAUUUUCAACCCAGUGAUCUAAGCUUGCAACCGCUCCGAAAGCGCACUGAAAGCUUCAGAGUUGCUCGCUGUGCAGAUUUGAUUAAUCCUGGGAUUAAGCGGCAAUUCGCAGCUCGUCUCAUUGUCAUGAAUGAAUCGCAUUAGUUCAAUUAGUUCAGUUCAAUUGGUUCCAUCGAUAUUAUUAUAAUAUUAAAACAUUUUUGUUUUUUUUUUUCGUCAUUCUAUCAAUAAUUGUUGAUAAAACGCAUAGCAAAAAGCCAUAAAGAAAAUUAAGAAAAAAGCGAAGCACAUCUAAAACAAUACAUAGAUCAGAUCAGACCUCAGCUGAAUGCCGUGAUAUUUAAACUAAAAUCUAAA